GACACAGUUUUAUUUAACGAUACGAUUAAAUACAAUAUUCGUUAUAGUAAAAUUGGAGCUACUGAUAAACAAGUUGAAGAAGCUGCCAGUGCAGCUCAAAUUCAUGAUAAAAUAUUAGGAUUUCCUGAAGGGUACGAAACUAGAGUUGGGGAGAGAGGUUUGAGACUUUCAGGCGGAGAGAAACAGCGAGUUAAUCCACAAAUUGUUUUACUCGACGAAGCUACUUCUGCACUCGAUACGCGUACUGAAAGGCAUAUACAAAAAUCCUUGCGUAGGAUGACUGCUAACCGAACGACGUUGAUAAUAGCGCACCGUCUUUCGACUAUAGUCCAUGCAGACCAAAUACUCGUCUUACAAGAUGGAGAAAUUAUUGAAAGAGGAUCGCAUCUUGAAUUGAUGCAAAAGGAAG